UACCAACUGUUUAUUUACAUUUUAUGGCCGUCCUUUAUUAUCAAUUAAACUUUGAUUUGGCAAGCCAUGCCUAGCUCAAUAAAUCAAAAUUCUGGAGCCAGCAAAAGGCAACUGCGAUUUCGAGGCGAUGUCAGUGGUCCCAGUCGCAUCGCGGAUCUAAACCAUUUUAGUCAAACAGAGGACAAGAAGGACGAUGACGUUGCAGCAGAGGCUGCGGCAGCAACGCUUCCACAACAGGAGACUCCUACAAAUACUUUUUAUGACUUCUUUAAAGUAGAAUUGACACGCGGCUAUAUGCUGGAACAUGACGAAGAACGAUAUUCGGCCCGUCGUCAGAAGAUAUAUAGCUUUAUGCGAAUUCCGCGAGAUCUGGAACGCUUUAUGGUUUUUGGACUAAUGCAGUGCUGUGAUUCCUUUUUGUAUAUUCAUACCUUUUUGCCGGUACGCUUCCUGUUAGCAGUAUGGUCUCUCCUGACGCGAACAACAGCUCGAAUUUGUCGCCUGCGUCGUGGCGGUGGCGGUCAGCGUCUGCUCUCUCCGGCUGAAAUUUGUGACUUGCUCAAAGGUGCUAUUUGGAUCACGGUCACCUUGAUUAUGCUGUUGGUCGAUACAAAUCGGGUGUAUCAUAUCAUAAAAUCGCAGUCGAUUAUCAAAUUAUACAUAUUCUACAACAUGUUGGAGGUAGGCGAUCGAUUACUUUCUGCCUUCGGACAGGAUACAAUUGAUGCCCUAUUCUGGACGGCCACGGAGCCAAAGCACUCAAAGCGUGAGCAUUUUGGCGUUGUAACGCACAUUCUUUUCACUCUCAUCUAUGUGGUGCUGCACAGUGGACUCAUCAUGUUCCAGGCUACUUGUCUCAAUGUGGCGGUCAAUUCGAACAACAAGGGGCUGUUAACCAUAAUGAUAUCGAAUAAUUUCGUCGAGUUGAAGGGAUCAGUAUUUAAAAAGUUCGAUAAGAACAAUUUAUUCCAGUUGACGUGCAGUGACGUAAGGGAGCGCUUUCAUCUCUCUGUACUCCUAUUCAUUGUUAUGAUACAAACGAUGAAGGAGUUCGACUGGAGCAUUACCCAAUUCUGUGUGAUGCUGCCCGAUUGCUUUGCCGUGCUUUUCACCGAAAUUCUGAUUGAUUGGGUGAAACAUGCGUUCAUUACGCGCUUCAAUGAGCUUCCCGAGGGCAUAUAUAGGGAAUAUACCACAAGUUUGGCGUAUGAUAUGACCCAAACGAGGCAGAAACAUGCAUUUUCGGAUCAUUCAGACCUGGUGGCUCGGCGAAUGGGAUUCAUACCGUUUCCGUUGGCUGUGGUUUUGAUUAAAGCCAUAUAUACAGCGGUUUCAUUUCAAAAUGCGGCCGCUUGGUUACUAUUCUUUUUGGCCUAUCUUUUCACUCUGGGAUUGAGAAUAUGCCUGACCAUCUGUGCCCUAGGUAAGGCUUGCAAACUGAUGAAAGAACAUCAGACGGAGAGAAAUAGCUCCACACCAAGUAGCAUGACAAACGUACCAGUCAUUGGAGGAGUUUUAAACGUUCCGGUUUCUCAGUUCUCACCGCCUGUUCCAUCCAUGCAACAAAAUCAAUACAAUAACAAUAAUAAUAACAUGAAUUUGGCAGCAAAGAGCCUACACAAGCCCUCAGUAUCGCCAUCUGUAGUAAAUCUUUCACCGCAAUCCACUUCCACACCCAAGAAAUCAUUAAGCCAACAGGAACUGGAUGUAACCAAUUCAUUAGAGCUGGGAGCGACUGCUCUAUUCUCCAACAGUGAUGUGGAUCUUGAUGAUGUGUGCCUAAACGAGCAGGUUACCAAUAUUCAACAGGAUGUGGUCUACCAAGCUAAAGGGGAUGUGGAUCUGGCGCGCAGCGAGCCGGACCUGUUUCAGAUCACAGAAGGCAAUGGUGCAGCAUCUGCUAAUAAUGGUACUGGAGAUUUGAUAGCCAAGGCCAAACAGGCAGCCAAACGACUACCCAAACGUACGCAUAAGCGUUCCGAAUCCGAACCUGGAAUACAAACUUUAUCGGAAAAGGGAACAUCGAUUGGUCUGACCGGUAGUGGUCCUACAGAUAGAAGCUAAUAAUUAUUGUUAUAAUUUUAUGUACGAUUUGUCCAUGGUGGCCUUGAUACUUGAUAUUGGCACAAUAUACAUCUAAGUUUAACAUAUUGUAA